CGGACGGACGAGCACAAGUGUUAUUUAGCGUUCCAUGUCCGGCCAAUUUAAUUAGACCAAUUAAAAGUUUCAAUUAACUGGGCUGAAAUAGAGGAAUUUGUGGUGUUUACUGUGCGAGAGACAUCGAGGUUUCGGACGGCCGGCAUGGAUUUCAUGCACUACCCCGUGAUGCUGGAGGAGGCGGGUUUGGCGAAGAACGUUUCGAACAAUAAGAGAAGGAAAUCCUCGAGUUACGGAAAUGGGGCGGAGGAUUUUUCUGGGCCCGUGAGACAGAGGAGCCAGGCGAACGCCAGGGAGAGGGACAGGACUCACAGCGUCAACACGGCUUUCUCAACAUUGAGGACCUUGAUUCCGACAGAGCCAAAGGACAGAAAACUGAGUAAAAUAGAGACCCUACGAUUGGCGUCGAGCUAUAUCUCACACCUUGGAACACAAUUAAUGGCAGGUCCGAUUGAACAGCCUUGUUUGAGACUAUCGAAACUCGAAGAUGAGAGCACGAAGACCAGCAGGCAUCAAGUGUGUACCUUUUGCAUAGCGCAUAAAAAAUCGCCUAAAACUAUCAUGGCGGAAGACUUCGAGUGCCCCAAUUUCGAGGGGCAGAUAUUUUUAACCCCCACCUCGCCUUCUACAAUGACUACAGCGACAGUCUUAACGCCGAAUGACCUGAGUAAUAUUUAUUAUUAAAAGUAAAAAAUGCUCGUUAUCGUGAUGAGGCAGAAAUUUUAAGUUAUAGUUAAAAACAACCGAUAAUUAAUCAUAAAAAAUGCGUGCAUUUUUGGAUGCCCAACAUUUUUUUACAGAUAAACACAUUUUUUAUUCACGGAUGAGCAACAUUCUGUAGAUAUAACGUUAGCGUAGUUAUUUAAGGUUUAUCUAGUACUAAUCUUAAAAUGUACUUAACUUUACCAAAGCAUAAGCGUUUAACAAGUUUGUAACGAAACAAUGAUUUAUGUUAAAUCGCUUAAACUUUUCUGGGAAUCUAAAAUAAUAAAUUCUGUUAAUUAAUCCUGAUGCCAUUAACCAUAUGCAGUUUUAAUUAUCGUCAAUGAUAUUUAUUCGUUUUCC